UUUCACCCCAAAGUAGGGACAUUUUGGGUCAAAUGUUGUUCAACAGAAUCUGGACACCAACAGAAAUAAUGCUCUUACUUUGCAGAAGUCCAACUAUUAAUUGCCAUGAACUAGAUUCAGUUCUCCACACAGCACAAACCUACCACCUGGACUGCAUCCUCAUUCUCUCUGCUCUUAUGGAUGAAAACCCUUUAAACUUUCUUCAAGAACAAAUAAAAAACGACAAGGAAAAAGAUGCUGAUACAAUUGUGAAGGAACUUCAUGAAGCAAACUGCCCAGAGAAGGUCUUGGUGGCUUUGAAUGAUGUGCUCAGAGACAUGGAGUUGGAACUCCCAAAAUAUCAACUGGUCGACCUUACCAAAGAACAAAUUGCUGAAUUGAAAGAAAAGAUGAGAUCUCUUAAUUUUACAAACUUAGAUAUAAACCUUUUGAAAGACGUAUUAAUUGGGAUGUCAAUAGCAGUGCAAGACUGUUCAACAAUCAUCACAGCAGACAAUGUGAAAAUUGAAGGAUAUUUUCCAAGACUUACACAACUAGCAUCAUUGCUUUUGCUUCUUCUGACAGAAAAUAAAGGAUGUCUCCUAGAGAUUGGCACAGGUGAGGGCAAGUCCUGUAUCUUAGCCAUGUUUGCAACAAUUCUGGCUAUUCGUGGAACAAAAGUGGACAUUGUGACGAGCUCUCCAGUUCUCGCCCGACGAGACCAAGAAGAGUGGCAAAAGUUUUUUGAAAUGUUUGGUGUCACCUCAUCUGUAGUACCACCACAUUACUCAAGUGACUAUUCACCAGAGAAACAAGAGGAAUGUCUCAAAGAUGCUUACCGGCAGCAAAUAGUAUAUGGCACAGUGGGAGCCUUUGCAGCAGACACGCUUAAACAGGAAUUUGAGAAGAGGACUACUCGCGAUGCAAGGCAGUUUGAGCUUGUAAUAGUGGACGAAGUGGACUAUAUGACCCUGGACAAUGGAGUUCAAGUAACAUUCUUGUCCCAUGAAUCUAGUGGACUCAGGCAUGUGGAGCAAGUGCUUUCCAACAUAUGGGCCAUGAUAUCUAGUUGCCAACCAAUUGAAAUGCUUGAAACAGGAGAGGUAAAAUGGGCCACAAGGAUACAAUACUUUCAUAAAGCCACAACGGCAGCCAUUAUGGGACUGGAAACAUCAGACAACUUUUCUGCAAAUGAGAUCUUGUUGCCCGGAGUGACUUUGGGAUUCUACACCCAUGAAGAUAUUGAAAUGAUACAUCAAGCUGAAAGUAAGAAAGAAAAUGAAGCUGAUGGGAAUGAGGACAGAAUGUCCAAAGCAUUAUCUGAAGUUAUGAAAAAACUGGGAGUUUCACAACAGUAUGAUCUACUGAGUAUAUUUGAAGAGGUCUUAGAAAACAGUGUGGUGUUUAAGUGCUAUUCUUUAGAGAACAAGAAAGCCAAAUGUUUUGACACCCAGGAAAAACAAGGUGACCUUAAAGUUGAAAUGCUCCUGCUAGAAGCAGGACUGGCAUGUGAAAUCAUGUCUGAGAAAUCACUUAUUGAUGCAACUGUAAGCACAAUAAAGUCAUCUAUCAAGUACUCAGAUAAUCUCCAGACAGCCAAAGAAUCCAACAACUUCAUUAUCAUCCCUGUUUUCUUGAAAAGCUACGUUGAGAAUCAGUUACCGGUGUUUGUUGAGAAUGCACUGAAGGCUGUUGAGAUGACCCGUGGCAGAGAAUACAUGAUUGACACCUCGCCAGCUGCUGAAAGAGACAUUGCCAAUAGUCAAGACAGAGACAAGUAUAAUGCAGUAAUUCCAGUGGACUUCAAAGCGAGCGGUGUGCUGGAGAAAAACAAGAAGUGGGGUAAUGGUCUGCAACAAUUUUUAGAGUUCAAGCACCAACUUGCGAUUUCACCGAUAUCCAAUGUGACAAAUUACAUGUCAAAUUUCCAUUUUUUUAAAAGGUACAUCAGUGGGAGAGGUAUAUUUGGUGUUUCUGGUACAUUAGGAGGUAAAGCAGAUCAGGACUUUCUGGCAAGACAUUAUGAAGCAACAAGCUACAUUGUACCUGCACAUCGUCAUAAAAGGGUGGUGGAGCUACCAGUCAUCCAGGUGAAAGGUGGAAAUCACCAAUGGAUCCAGACUAUUUGUGAAACUUCAUGGAAAGUAGCAGAGAGAGGACAAGUUGUCUUGGUAAUUUGUGAAGAUGUUAAAACAGCAGAUGAACUACAUAAGAAAAUACAAGUUGAAGAAAACAGAAUAAAGGCAGAACAGAUUACUCUGUAUACAAUCAGUGAGAAGCACAACAUUGAAAGAGAGAAAUUCUGUGCAGGCAGAAUCAUCAUUGCUACAAAUCUGGGAGGACGGGGGACAGACAUAAAGGUUGAUGAAAGUGUGAAUAAGUAUGGUGGUCUUUUUGUUCUUCUUACUCAUUUUCCACACAACCGAAGAGUGGAGAAACAAAUAUUUGGCCGUACGUCUCGAAAAGGUAAUCCUGGGAUGGUCCAGAUGGUUUUGAACUGUGAUCAUCUCGCACCCGCUUACCAAGGUCAGUCUAUAGAAAUAAUGCGCCAGCUAAGAGAGGAUUAUGAAAUUAAACGAAUCCAAGACAUGGAAAAUGACGAGCUGGUUGAGAUAAACCUAAAGGAAAAUCUAUUCUCCAGGUUUUGUAAAUUGCUGAAAGACUGUGAUGGGUAUUACUCAGAGAACGAAAAACAAGACCCCAUGCGAAUGCAGCUCAAUGAUAUUCCCGAUUGCUUUAAACAUCAUCAGCCUAAGUUUGAUUAUCAGCCUGCCAUCAGUGCGUUGAAAGAAUCUUGGGCCUUGUGGCUAACCCUUCAUGAGGAUCACAUCAAUAGGCAUGACGACUUUGGACAACUUGAAGCAGACCUUAUCAGGACAAUAAAUGAAACAAGUGGAAAGCUGCUGCGAGGAGAAUGUGAUAAUUUCUAUGAUCAUGUCAAACAGGCAAUUGUUAGAACUGAUCUACACUGCCGUGAAAAAUCCAAAAAUGAUUACGGAGCUAAAUCAUAUUGGCAAAAAGUUGCAAACUCUGACCCACACUACAGGGCUGUGGCACUGUAUAACCAGGCAUAUAUCACUAUUAACCUCGGUAAAGGUAACUAUAAAGCAGAUGCUAUGAACCUGCUGAAAGAUGCAAAGAAAUCCAUUGACUUCUACAUCUCUGAAGUCUCAAACACAAUGGUCUCAUGUAACUUAUCAGUCACUGGAAACAAAGAUCAGAGCACAGAAAGUAACAACUUUCAGAGUCAAAUGGAGGCCAGAAUGAACAUAUUUAAGUCUUGGAUGACAUACAUUGAUAAUGCAUUGAUUAAACUUAAAGAGCUGGAAAAAGAUGACGUCAUUACAGAGGAGUGUUCAGUCUACAUGCUGUCGGAAGAAAAGAACUUCAUCAUCACUAAUGAGCUGAGAUCCUUAUAUGACUAUGGCCUUGGUGUUGUUUUUGAGGUGCAAAAGAAGCCCAAGUUUUGCAUAGAUGCUUUUAUAUGUUUCAUUCUUGGCAUGGUACAGGUUCUUGCUGGGGUUCUUGUUUGCGCGCUGACACUUGGAACAGCUACCCAGUUUGGAUUGGGCCUGAUUUCAGAAGGAGUUUCUGACAUGAUCAGUGGAAUAGAGGUGGUCAAACAGAACUUAAAAUUUGCGACUAAAUAUGUAGUUCAGGAAAUCGGGAAACAGUCUGUGCUCACUGCCAUGAACUACGCAAUGGAUGCAGCCCUUCAGGAAUUCUUUAAGGAGAUUUUACAAAGCUGCUUUGAGAAUGUUGUUACUUCAGCAGUGAAGCAGAGCAGUGAACUCGAUAAGACUCUUGUGGAGUUUAUCAGCUCAGGCAUUCCGAAAGCUGCAUUGACAAUAGAGGAUUUCAAGAUUGACCCGGCUUAUGAGAAGCAAGUUAAAGAAUCAGUUGACAUGCUCUGUGAAGAGGUAAUUCCUGACCUCAUACUGGACUGUACCACAGCACAGGAUGUUAUCAGUAAACUCUCAGAGGUGUGGGAAAAAACAGAAGAGCUUAUGAAUAAAGCCAAACUGUCAGGAGUAUAUGAAAUGGCAAAGCUGGUUCUGAAAGUAGCUGAGUACUCAGCAGAUUUUACUCAAAUAUUGGUUGCCAUACCAACAGAAGAGAUAAUACAACAGAAAUUUGUUCCUGAAUUAUUGGAGAACAUAAGUGAGCUUCAGAAUGAAACGACAAAAUAUGACCAAGAUGGACGACACAAUUUACACGAUGUACUGUGCCUUAAAGGUGAACUUCUCCAGACUAUCACCCAGAAGGUGUCUGAACAAUUCAUCAGUUCUUGUUCUGAACAUAUAAAUUCUUUAAAGAACAGAAUAUUUAAGAGUCACUUGAACAGUGCUGCAGGAAAGGCGCUGGACCACGUCAUGCACAGACAUAAAACUCAGCGCUUCUUUGAUGACCAGAGGGAAAAACACAACAAGAGAUCUGCGAGCCACAAGGAAGUGGAACAGCUGUCAGAUGAGGACAAAACAGAGCUAAAGCAGUAUACAGAAGAUAUGUGCAAAGCUGAUCAGCCUACUACAGCCCUCGAUGUGUACGUGCUCACAAAAAGCAACCUGCUCGGUGGAAAAGGAAUUGAACUCAUUGUCAUUGAUGAAAAUGGAACACAGCUCACUGUGGAACGUUUUCCAGGAACCAACAAAUCAGCAGGCGAUAUAAAAUUGACACUAACCAAAUCUCCAAAAACCACACAUCCAUCACAAGCUGAUACAGAGCUGUACAAUGGCUGUUUUGACAUUGUACAGGAUGAUGGCAGGAUAGUCAGCGUUAACUCGGAUCAUCAGAACGCUCUUUAUCAUGCUGUAGCACAAGCAACUGUCAGCGAAACAAAGGACCUAAAGACGGAAGCUUUGAUGCUACGUAUGAAAGUUAAAAAUGAGAUCCAGACAAACUUUGAGUCGUACACACCCCUGCUUAUUCUCCAGAGAGGAUACGACUUCUGUCACAAAAACCCCAGUAAAUACAGCAUAACUGGAGGAAGUAUAAAGAAGACCGACGUUUUACUGCAGAAAUACUUACAGAGUGUUAAAUUCAUCAGAAGUGGUGAUCGAAUCUUGAUCAGAAUGUACCAUCUCGGAUUUGUUGGUGAAUAUAAAAGUGUUGUAAGUGCUCGGAGGUCCAGUAAGAACACCACAGGGACACUUAACACAAGCCACAUUCCACCAAAGGACUCCAUCAGACUUGCUGACUUAAAAAUAAAAACCUGCCGCUUUAUGAACUAA